GCUCCACCAUCAUCUCGUCCUUCCCUCCUUCCGCUUCAUCCCCCUUCUUCACCCCAAAACCACCCCUCUUCAAACCAUGAACAGACCCAAGCUACGGUCUUGGCUCUCCCUUGGCCCCCUCGUCGCCGUGGGCACGCUUUUCUUGAGCGUUGCCGUCGUGUCUCAUUCCGCCCAAGAGGAUUCCUCCAUGGACGCCACCAACUCGUUCCUGAACAACAUCCGCUUCACCCAUGGCGACCCAAGUCUCUUGAACGACGAGAACUCUGCCCUCGCAGCCGCCAAAGCCCAGAACCAGUCUUUGCUCUGGGGACUCUAUCGACCAAACCUCUAUUUUGGAACCCGACCACGGUUGCCGGAUACGGUCAUGACGGGAUUGAUGUGGUACGGUACCCAGAAUUACGCUGGCGUCAACAAUAUACGACACGGAUGCGAGGAACGCGAUGGAUUUGAGAAAUAUGGUUGGCUCAAGAACGAUGGACGGACAUUUGGCGUUCAGCAGUUGAAGGACACUCGUAACAAUGUGGAGCUCAAAACAGAGUUUAUCAAGGUUCCUGGGGGCGAUCAUGGUGGAUCGUGGGGAGUGAGGAUCUCGGGAAAGCCGAUUCGUAAAGAGAAGCCAAUGUCCAUUGCUGGAUUGUAUUAUAUCGGGAUCGAUGGCGAGGGGCAAUUUAAGUUGGUCCCGGAAAACUUUAAGGUGACAUCGCCGAUCGUGUUUGAUGGAGAUGCUAAGGAUCUCGGCGAUUUUGAGUUUGUCCUCGAACAGACCAAAGGGUCUAACAAGGAUGAUCCCAUCCACUUCUUUGGUGCAAGCCCACCCGCAGGAACUGUCUGGCGUGUCAAAGAUUAUGUACGGAAUGUGAUCAUCCAAGGAGCCCAAGAACUUAAACGGUCUGGAAAGGCCGAACUGCCACCCAAGGAUUUAUUUUCCUUCCCAGACGAAUUCAUCGAUGGACAGCCCACUAUCCUGGUCUUUCAAAUGCACUACGAUGCUGAGUUUGAGUUCGAAGUCAGGUUCAGCUCGAAAUCCUCGCAACAUCCAGUGACGAGUCAGGUUAUCACCUCAAAAAUUGAUAUGGCCGAGAAUGCUUUUGACGAGCGCUUUGAAAAGACGCUCCAGCUUAAGCGCCAUGGAUUCAAUGAUUCAAUGGUCGAGUUUGCCAAGGCGACCUUCAGCAACCUGAUCGGAGGCAUUGGGUACUUUUAUGGAACAUCAAUUAUUGACGAGUCGCCGACGUAUGAAGACGGCCAGUACGACCAUCUGGAAGGGCCCGUCGCACGUCGUCCCCACCCCGACCCACAGCCCACUCCUCCAGCCUCUCUUUUCAGUGCCGUUCCCUCCCGCUCGUUUUUCCCUCGAGGAUUCUAUUGGGACGAAGGUUUCCACCAGACGAUGAUUGGUCAAUGGGACAACGAUCUCAGUCUGGAGAUUAUCGAGAGCUGGUUCAACCGACAGGACUAUAACGGAUGGAUCCAGAGAGAGCAGAUCUUGGGUGAUGAGGCCAGAGGUCGUGUCCGAUCAGAGUUUCAUGUCCAAUACCCUGAGCAUGCCAAUCCCCCGACGCUCAUUAUGGCUAUCAGUUCGUACUUGGAUCGUCUCCAGAACGUGACCCAGAGCUUCGCGGUGGAUGCAUUUGGAGAAUCGAAUCAGACGCCGUUCGGUGCGAAGAGCAGCCAGGAGCAGGAUGUCACGAACGCACAUUUGUUGAAUCCCAAACUUGCAUUAGAGUACCUGAGCAGACUGUAUCCCAAGCUAAUUACGAACUAUCACUGGAUGAGGAAAACGAUGCGUGGACGUAUUCGAGAAUACGGGCGCGAGUCGCGAUCUCGUGUUGAGGGAUACCGCUGGGGAGGUCGUACGGCGACACAUACGCUGACAUCUGGAUUGGAUGACUAUCCCAGAGCGCCGCGGCCUAGUGUCGCAGAGUUGCAUGUGGACCUGUUGUCGUGGAUCGGAUUUAUGAGCCGCAAUCUGAAAAACAUUGCCGAAAUCCUUGGGGAAGAGGAUGAUGUUGAAGAGCUCGAAGAUCACUACAAAGCUAUCGCUGCCAAUAUCGAUGACCUCCACUGGAACGAGAAAGAGAAGGUGUACUGCGAUCUGACUGUGGAUGAGGAAGACGAAAGCUACCAUGUGUGUCACAAGGGAUAUAUUUCGUUGUUCCCGAUGUCGCUUGGAAUCCUGGACCCCGAAUCUGAGAAGUUGGGAUAUAUUCUCGAUCUGAUGUAUGAUCCUGAGGAGCUGUGGACGCCAUUUGGUUUGCGUUCGCUGUCGGCGAAAGAUAAGUUUGCAGGAACGGGCGAGAACUACUGGAGGGGUCCUGUGUGGGUUAAUAUCAACUACCUGGUGCUGCACUCUUUGAAGACUAAUUAUAUUGGCAAAGGGCCAUACCAGGACAAGAGCAAGAAGAUCUAUAACGAGCUUCGCGAGAACAUUAUCAAUAACGUUUACAAGGAAUAUGAACGCACAGGAUACGUGUGGGAGCACUAUACCGAAAAUACGGGAGUGGGCAAUCGCAGCCAUCCAUUCACGGGCUGGACCUCGAUGGUGGUUAAGAUCAUGCAAAUGGGACCUGUGGAGUAAAUUUUACUUGUCGCCCUU